CGGCGGCACCAGCCCUCCUCCGACUCUCUCGGCGGCGCCACGACGUCGUCGUCCUCGUCCUCCUCGUCGAGCUCGAGCUCUCGCGCGACCAGCAGCAGCAGCAGCAGCAUCGAAUCCAACCUCUCCCUCCAAACGCUACCCUCCGUCCUCCUCCAAACCCUAACCACCGACUCGCUCCACGUCUCCGUCUCUCACAACCUCCUCCACGCCCUCUCUCCUCCUUGCCUCCUCCCCGUCGCUUCCCUCGUCCUCCACGGCAAGCUCCUCUAUGCUGCCUGCGGCCACGAGAUCCACGUCUACGACGUCUCCAACGCCUCCGCCGGCGGCGAGAUCUCCCACUUUGACGCUUUCAACGUCCGCGCCUCGUCCUCGGGCUCCGUCAAGUCGGUCGCCUUCUGCGGCGGCCGGGUCUUCACCGCGCACCAGGACUCGAAGAUCCGCGUCUGGCAGGUGGGGGCGGUGGAGGGGCGGCACGGGCUGGUCGCGACCCUCCCCACCGUAGGCGACCGCCUCCGCCGCUUCAUGCUCCCGAAGAACUACGUCACGGUGCGCCGCCACCGGAAGCAGCUCUGGAUCGAGCACGCCGACGCCGUCUCCGCCCUCGCGGCGAGCGACGGCGUCGUCUACUCCGUCUCCUGGGACAAGACCCUCAAGUCAUGGCGCGGCGGCGGCAACAGCGGCUCCGACCUCCGGUGCCUGGAGUCCGUCCGGGCCCACCACGACGCCGUCAACGCGGUGGUGGUGGCCGCCGGCGGGACGGUCUACACCGGGUCGGCGGACGGGAGGAUCCGGGUCUGGGCGAGGCAGGCGGGCGAGGAGCGGCACUCGUUGGUGGCGACGCUGGAGAAGAACAAGUCAGCGGUCAACGCGCUCGCGUUGACCGGCGACGGGUCGGUGCUGUUCUCCGGCGCGUGCGACCGCUCGAUACUGGUGUGGGAGCGGGAGGACAGCGCCAACCACAUGGCGGUGACGGGGGCCCUAAGGGGCCACGCCAAGGCCAUCCUCUGCCUGACCAGCGUCGCCGACCUGCUGCUGAGCGGGUCGGCGGACCGGACGGUGAGGAUCUGGCGGCGGGGGGCGGAGGGCAGGUACUGCUGCUUGGCCGUGCUGGAGGGCCACCGGAAGCCCGUGAAGUCACUGGCCGCCGUCUCCGGCGGUGACGGCCUCGUCACCGUGUUCAGCGGAAGCCUGGACGGAGAGAUCCGUGUGUGGCGGGUCUUGGUUUCGAGCGUCGACAAGGGCCGGCCGGGAUCGUGUUGAAAUUGGAAAUUCGUGGGGGAAAAUAAAGCGAAAAAAUUUGGUUGACAUAGACAAAAAAAAAAAAAAACUAAGAAAUUAUGGUAUAAGCUGUUUUUUUAAGGCUUUUUUGUGGUACCAUAUCGUGAAUAUGUCGUCUUCUUCUUCUUUUUUCCCUAUUUGAAGAAAUUGAUAUCACUAAGAGUUUGUAUGCUCCAUCAAUUUCUUGAUUAUAUUUUUUGAUAUAAUUGAUAGAGUGAGCUUUUGUCUCCAGAUAUGAAAUUAUGUUCAUUUUAUCAUUGUUUUCUUUA